GUAUAACUGUAUGCGACGUUGGUUGUCAGCACGAAGCUAGACUGAAAAGAUUGUAUAUGUCGUAAUAAUAACAGUAAUAUAAUACGAAAUACAUUUUAAUCAAGACCACAAAGACUUGUUGAAAACUACAAAGAUUUAUCUAAUUGCGCAAGAUCACAAAGUAAGAAAUGAGUUCUUUGAGUGUGGUGGAUUACAUUCUAUUCGCACUGAUGUUGUGCGUUAGUGGAGCCAUAGGAAUCUACCAUGCUAUCCGUUCAAAGAAUCAGGGAUCAAAAGACUACUUUCUCAUAGAAAAUCAAAAUAUUUCUUCUAUUCCGAUUGCAAUUUCACUUCUUGUGUCAUUUCUCUCGGCCAUCUCAAUCCUUGGUAUACCAAGUGAAGUUUACACGUAUGGAUUAUCGUACAUCUUGGUUGCUAUUGCGUUCAUUUUUGUUAUUUUAAUAUCUGCUUUUCUUUACGUUCCUGUGUUUUACAAGAUGAAAAUCAUCAGUACAAAUGAGUACCUGGAAAGACGUUUCACUUAUGGUAUACGCUUAAUGGGAUCCAUUUUGUUUAUAAUGACCUAUACAAUGUACUUGUCAAUUGCUUUGUUUGCUCCAGCCAUAGCUAUGGAUGCAGUGUCAGAUCUACCUAUUAUAGUAUCUGUGGUUGUUACUGGUUUGAUAUGCAUAUUUUAUACCAGUUUGGGAGGAUUUAGAGCAGUUGUUUGGGCUGAUGUGUUCCAAGGCGUUAUUAUCGUUGGUGGCAUGAUAACAAUACUUAUCAUGGGAAUUCUUGAAGUGGAUGGUCUGAGCAACGUUUGGCGAAUAAAUAAGGAAAUGAAACGACUAAAUAUAUUUGACUUCAAUCCGGAUCCUACCGUUCGCUCAUCAUUUUGGGCUAUGAUCGUCGGGGGAACUUUCACCUAUAUUUUUUCAUGGUCCGUCAGUCAGUUAUCAGUUCAAAGAUUUUUGGCUUCAAAAUCGCUAAGAAAUGCAAAAAAAGCAAUGCUGUUUAGUAUGAUCGCGUUGGUCCUUUUUACAAUACUUUGCUGUUUGAAUGGUCUUGUAAUUUUUGCUGUUUAUCAUGACUGUGAUCUAUCAAGAAGCAAAAAGAUAACAAGGAACGACCAGAUUUUACCAUACUUUGUUGUCGACAAGCUUGGUCAUCUGAAAGGUUUACCUGGACUAUUUAUUGCAGCUCUUUUUAGUGGAGCAUUGAGCACAUUGUCAUCUGGUAUCAAUUCGGUUUCGGCAAUUGUCUUGGAGGAUAUCGUCAAGAAAUUCCUAAACAACAUUUCAGAUGCUAGGGCAACUUGUGUUUCACGAAUUGUUGGUAUCGUUUAUGGCCUUUUAAUCAUGCUAGGAGCAAUUGGUUUUAACUAUGCAAAAGUUCCUUUGUUGAUUCAGUUAAGUGCAACUUUGUUCAACAUAUCCGCUGGACCAUUGUUGGGUUUGUUCACUUUGGGAAUGAUAUCAAAAAAAGCAAACUGGAAGGGAGCGUACAUUGGCACUGGGCUUGCGUUUUCUCUUCUUGGAUGGAUUUACAUUGGGAGUCUAUCUUAUUCACCAAUUAUUAACAAACCACCAACGUCAAUUGAAGGAUGUGAAACAUUUAAUGAAACACGCAUGAUCAACAAGACCAUCGCCUCUUUUAAAAAUGACACCGUACCUCAAAGAGGAGGCUUGGAAAAAUUUUACAGCUUGUCCUUUUUUUACUACGGUGGUGUUGGAAUGCUAGUAACAGUUGUAAUUGGUUACAUUUUUAGUAUUAUAUUAGGAAGAUCUGAAGAUGAACAAGUGGAUGAGGAGCUUUUAUUUGAUUUCUCUGGUCCAUGCCACUCAAAAAGAUCUAAACGACCAAACAAUAACAAUAUAUUUACGAAAACAACCACUCUUUAGCUAUCAUUUCAACAUAAGCUUGCAUGAUGUAUAGCAGGAAUCAUGAUUUAUAUGAUAGCUGAGUAAUAUUUCUUCGUUUUCUGAAAGUAAAUAGCCAAUAGAAAUAUGAAUAACAACGGCAAUAUGCUAAUCAAAUGAUAUUUCGAUAAUAUAACAUUAUAUGAACACAUACUAAGUAAAUUUAUAUCCUUUUUAAAUAAUUAUGUAUCUUUAUUUUUAGUAAAUUAAAAGUUGAAGGUUUUAAAA